GAGAGUUGCACUGAAAGGAGUCCUGGCUGCUGCUUGUGCUGCUGUACCGCACAAGCAGCUGAUCUCUGCACAUAGAUGUCUGACAGUAACAUGUUCAACGGGGACUCGAAUCUUGUGAAAGAUGAGAAUCUGAGCGGAUAGGAGGACGGAGACACUCAAGAGUGAGAAGUUUGACCUGGUUUGGGGAUGAACAGCUGCCAAGUGUUGGGUUUGAAGAUGUGGACCUUGAUGGGAUUUGUCUGUCUGUGGCCCUGUGUCUCGGGAGAGUUGUUUGACACCAAGCUCAAAGCCCCACGACUGAUCUGCAGUGUUCCUGGGUCACCCGGACUGCCUGGCAAACCAGGUCCCAGCGGGCCCCCGGGAGCAGAUGGGAAUGUGGGUAUCCCAGGAAGAGAUGGCAGAGAUGGCAGGAAAGGUGAAAAAGGAGAAAAGGGUGACACAGGAGUGAAGGGCAGGGUAGGCCCGACAGGUAAACUUGGAGAACGAGGUGACCGCGGCCCUCCAGGCAAACGAGGCCCUACGGGAGAGAACGGAGAUGGUGGCUUGCUUGGACCUCCAGGACCCGACGGGGAGAAAGGGGAAAAGGGCAAACGAGGACCGCGGGGCACUGCGGGAACCUGCAAAUGUGGCAGCCUCAUGCCUAAAUCUGCUUUCUCUGCGGGAAUCACCAGCAGCUACCCUGCAGAGAAAACCCCCAUUAAGUUCAACAAGAUCCUCUUCGAUGAAGGCGGACACUACAACCCACAGACGGGCAAGUUCAUCUGUGCAUACCCAGGCAUUUAUUAUUUCUCCUAUGACAUUACACUGGCCAACAAACACCUGGCUAUCGGUCUGGUGCAGAAUGGUCAGUAUCGCAUCAAAACUUUUGAUGCCAAUACAGGAAACCAUGACGUGGCAUCUGGGUCCACCGUCAUGUACCUGAAUCCAGAAGACGAGGUGUGGAUGGAAAUCUUCUACCAUGACCAGAACGGUUUAUUUGCAGAUGCUGGCUGGGCUGACAGCCUCUUCUCUGGCUUCCUUAUCUAUGCAGACAGCAACUACUUUGACACACUAGCAGAUGACUACGCAUAGAGCCUGAAAAACUCAAGAGAGAAAACUACAAGCUCCUAUUCACUGUCACACACACACACAUAUAAAGACUAUAUUUUUAUACCAAUAUUUGUAUUGCUAGUUAUAUUAUUAGAAUGGAGACUUAUCUAUUGUUUUAAAAGUAUAUUAUUUGAUAAAGUCUUUAUAUGUUCAUGAUUUAAUUGGAAUCAAAUAAACAUUGUUGAAAUGUAAUAAUGGUUUACAUGUUUCCAUUUGCAAAAAGAAGUAAAACUGAAACAUGUGUGAGACAAAGUUAUUGGACAAUAGAAAGCUGAAAAGUGAAAACAGGCCAGCCAUGUGUUUGUUAUUGGUGAUAUUUCCAAAAACAACAGCUGCAGAGAAGAACUUCCUCCUUUGCUUUAUUUAGUGCAAGAAAUAUUAACACAAAAAAAACAUAAUAUGAAACGUAGAGACCAUUCUGACGUGGUGGAAAUGAUGGUGCAAUCCUGGCUACCUCAGAUAGCAAC